AUGUCAGGCAACUAUAAGGACAACUUACCAUGGUACGUACAACCUCAAGGAACCAUUUUAUCCGCAUGAGAGCCUAAAGUUUAGAGACCCAGUGACUAACUUUUUUUCCAGGGUGGAAAAGUACCGACCAGAUAAUUUGGAAGAGGUCUACGGCCAAGGGGACAUCGUCAACACGGUCCGCAAAUUCGUCGAGCUGGGCAAGUUGCCCCAUCUACUAUUCUACGGACCUCCCGGAACGGGCAAGACCUCAACCAUUGUCGCGUUAGCCAAGGAGAUAUACGGUCCCAACUACAGAAACAUGGUGUUGGAGUUGAACGCAUCCGACGAUCGAGGCAUUGAUGUCGUCAGGAACCAGAUCAAGAGCUUUGCCAGCACGAGGCAGAUAUUCACGCUGGGCUCCGCGCCACACUUUAAACUCAUUAUAUUGGACGAGGCAGACGCCAUGACCAGCGUGGCGCAAAACUCCCUACGUCGAAUCAUUGAAAAAUACACCAAGAACACGCGGUUUUGCAUCUUGGCUAACUACUCGCACAAGCUCAACCCGGCGUUGAUUUCGAGAUGCACCCGAUUCAGGUUCCACCCCAUUGACGAGGAGUCGAUACGGAGCAGGAUCGACAAUGUCGUAAUUAAGGAGCACGUCAAUAUCACGCCCGAGGCGUUGAAUGCGCUUUUGCACUUGUCCCAGGGUGACAUGAGACGCAGCUUGAAUGUGUUGCAGGCGUGCAAAGCUGCGACUGAUGGCGAUGACGACGACUCGAUCGACGUCGAUAUGAUUUAUAAUUGCAUCGGUGCGCCGCAUCCGCAGGACAUCGAGGCGUGUCUAGACUCGAUCUUGCAAGAUGAUUGGACCACGGCGUAUUUGACGUUGAACCGGUACAAGACUACAAAGGGGUUGGCGUUGAUUGAUUUGAUUGCUGGGUUCAUUGAGAUCCUACUGCGCUAUGAGUUGAAGCCUCAGAAUCGUGUGCAUUAUUUGAAAGGGUUGAGUGAUAUCGAAUACGGGAUUUCGAAAGGUGGUAACGACAAGAUCCAGAGCAGUGCCAUUAUUGCGGUUAUUAAACAAGCGAUGGAACACGAACAACAACCAACCACAAAAUGA